AUGAAAAACUACGGACAGCAAUUGGCGUUAUUAAUCAUCCAGGAUAUUUUUGGCAACCAUGACAGCAACGGUGGUGGUAUUGACGGUGACGGUAACAGUAAUAACGGUAACGAUGAUGAAAACGAUGAUGGCAACAAAAACAGGUUAAUAAUCGCGAAUAAAACAGCAAUCCCGUUGCUUUUCACGUGUCGUCAUAUGCUGCUCUGGUACUGUACUGCGCAACUUCUCUUUUUGGAGACUCAAACAAGUUGUUCAUAA